UGCCUUGCGUUGCGUUGCCCGCUCAAUUCUCGCUUCUUCGCUCAAUUCUCUCUCUCGUCUCGUCUCGUUUCCUCGUAUAACUCCUCAUUCUCCUUCCUACAACAUUCAACCCAAUAAUGCUCACCGCCUGACUUCUUCUGCAAGAUCCACACAUUAUUAGAGUGAGUUGUAAUCAUCAUCAGCUAAGAUGAGUAGCGAAGGGAAGGUUCAUCCAGUGACUUCCAAUGGAGAUUUAACUAAGAAGCCCUUCAAGAUCUUUGUGGGUUAUGAUCCACGUGAAGAUCUUGCAUUUGAGGUCUGUCGCCACUCAAUAUUGAAGCGAUCUUCAAUCCCUGUUGAGAUUGUACCAAUCAAACAAUCGGAGCUGAGAAAGAACAGCCUCUACUGGCGUGAAAGAGGGCAGUUUGAGAGCACCGAGUUUUCUUUCACUCGGUUCUUGACUCCACAUUUGGCCAACUAUGAUGGUUGGGCAAUGUUUGUGGACUGUGACUUUCUUUACCUUGCUGACAUUAAGGAACUCACGGAUUUGAUUGAUGAUAAGUACGCUAUAAUGUGUGUUCAACAUGAUUAUACACCAAAGGAGACAACAAAGAUGGAUGGAGCGGUGCAAACUGUGUACCCGAGGAAGAACUGGUCUUCCAUGGUCUUGUAUAACUCUGGCCAUCCCAAGAACAAGGUCCUGACACCUGAGGUUGUGAAUAAGGAAACAGGUGCUUUCCUUCAUAGGUUUCAGUGGCUUGAGGAUGGUGAAAUUGGGUCAAUCCCGUUUGUUUGGAACUUUCUUGAGGGACAUAACCAGGUUGUUGAAAAUGAUCCCACAACUUUUCCCAAGUCGAUUCACUAUACUCGGGGAGGACCAUGGUUUGAGGCCUGGAAGCAUUGUGAGUUUGCAGACCUAUGGUUAAAGGAGAUGGAGGAGUACAAGCAGGAAGCACAGAAGAAAGUUGAAAAGUAAAAUUAGUACUUUGCUCUACUGCAUUUUAAGUUUGAGAUUCAUUAUUGUAUUCAAUUUCAAUUUAUCCCGUUCUAUUCUUUCUGUCAAAUUUGUUAAAUGGAUCCUAGAGGGUUAGGAUGAUUUUACUAUUAUAAUUAAAUUAAACUAAAGUUCCUUCCACAUUGA